AUGGCGCCGCCCUUCUGCGCCGCCGACCUGCAGAGCGCGAAGCUGGACGCGCUGCGGGCCUGGCGGCACGAUCUGCGUAAGAGGGUCGCCGACAUGAGAUGGGCAGAGGGCCACAUGCGGGGGCCCUCGCUGCAAGUGGAGCUCCAUGGGGGCCGUGAGCCGUGCGAGCAGCUCGUGUCGAAGUCGGAUGCGGGGGUCCCACCCACUGGCAACAAGGCGGAGCUGAGGCGACGGCUGGACGCGUUCCUGGAGGCGGAGUUGCUGAGGGUCGGCAGCGAGGCCAUGCCGGAGCCAGUCGACCUUGCCGAUGCCGAGCCUGAGCGGAGGCCGAGGAAGGUCGCGAGGCUGGAUGCCCAGGCGGUCCAGGGCGUGGCCAGGCCGCGCGGCGGAGCGCGGCAGGCCCAGCGGCGGCCGCCCUCCGCGGAGCCGCCGAGCGGCCCCGCCCCAGGCGGCGAGGCCGCGGAGGCGGGGCAGCACUGCUCCGAGGGCGCCUGGGCAGCGGGCGAUCCCGUGCUCGGGGGCAGCCUGGCGGCCCGGAUCAUGACCCGCAUGCAGAAGCGGCGCUCGGUGGAGGCCGUUCCCGGGGCCGCGCAGGACGCCCCCGAGGGCGCGCGCCGGAAGUUCGCGCGGCUCGCGGGCCACGGGGCCGCGGCGGGCGAGGGCGGCGCUGGGCGCGCGGCGGAGCAGCGGGGGGCGGCGGAGGUCGCCACGGAGCAGGCGGGGCGCCAGGGAGCGGCGCCGCUCGUGGCCGCGCCGCGGCAGGAGGAGAGGCCGCCUCCCGGCGCCGCAGGGCGUCCGAGGUGGAGAGGGGGCGCCCUGCAGGACGAGGCGGAGGAGCAGCACGCGCGCCCCCUGGCGGGGGAGACGAGGCGGGAGGAGCCGCAGGCUGCAGGAGACCAGGGGACGAGGCCCGGGGCCGAUGCCGAGGACGCGGGCCUCAGGGCCGUUGCGGAGGAGGCCCCGAUCAGGGCCGAUGCAGAGGAGCCGCGGCCCAGGGCCGAGCCACACGGGGCGCCUCGCAGGGCCGAGGCGGAGGUGGUGCGGCCCAAGUCCGAGGUGGGGGGCCUGCGGCGGAAGGUCGAGGAGGAGGCGCGCCGCAAGGCCGAGGCGCGGCGCAGGUCUGAGCUGAGCGAGGCGCGGCCAACAAGAGAGGAGGAGUCAGGCGAAGCGCAGUGCGUGGCCGGGGGUGGGGAGGCACCCUCCACGGGGGACGUGGAAGAGGUGCGGUCGAAGGGUGAGGCAGAGGCGCUGCUCGGCACCAAGGCGCAGGAGGCGCGGCCAGAGGCCGAGGAUGACGAGGUGGUGGAGGUGGACGCGGAGGCGCGGUUCGAGGCUGAUGAAGAGGAGGCGGGGCUCAAAGUUGAGGCGGAGGACGUGUGGCUGAAGCCGGAGGCGGAGAUGGCGCUUCGCAGAGCCGAGGCCGAGGAGGCACUGCGCACGGCUGCCCAGGCGGAGGAGGCACGCCUUGGCGCCGAGGUGUCAGAUGCGCGCCUGAAGGCAGAGGCAGAGGAAGCGCGGCGCAGGGCCGAUGCCGAGGCCCAGCGCAAGGAGCAGGCUGUGGAAGCGCUGCGCAGGGCCGAGAGGGAGCAGGAGGACGCACAUCUGAAGGCCGAGGCCGCAGAGGCGCAGCGUCGAGCAAAGGAGAAGGAGGAGGAAGACGCGCAGCGCAGAGCCGAGGCGGAGGAGGCGCAGCGCAAGGCCGAAGCAGAGGAGGCGCAGCGCAAGGUCGAGGCGGAGGAGGCCAGGCGCAAGGCUGAGGCUGAGGCAGAGGAGGCGCAGCGCAAGGCCGAGGUAGCGGAGGCAUUGCGCAAGGCCGAGGCGGAGGAGGCGCGGCGCAAGGCCGAGCUGGAGGAGGCGCGGCGCAGUGCGCAGCGCAAGGCGGAGGAGGAGGAGGAGGCGCGGCGCAAGGCCGAGGCGGAGGAAGCUCGGCGUAAGGCCGCGGCAGAGGCCAGGCGCAAGGCCGAGGCGGAGGAAGCGCGGCGGAGGGCUCAGGCCGAGGCGGCACGUCUCAAGGCCGAGGCGGAGGAGGCAGCGCGGCGGAAAGCACUCGCCGAGUCGCGCCAGCGUGCCGCCGAGGGGGCGCGCCUGCGGGCAGAGGAGGCCCGUCGGGCAGCGGAGCGGGCGGCGAUGCACCAGGCGGAGGGGGAGUCUCGCCGUGCUUGGGAGAAGGAGGCGCGGCUGAAGGCCGAGGAGGGUGAGCGCACGGCGAUGCAGCACGCCGAGGAGGGCUCGCGCCGCGCAUGGGAAAGAGAGGCGCAGCUCCGGGCCGAGGAGGCGGAGCGCGGGGCGAUGCGCUCGGAGGACCAGGCCUCUCGCCGCGCUCAGGAGCACGAGGCGCGGCUGCGGGCCGAGGCGCGGGAGCGGGCGGCGAUGCUCGGGGCAGAGGAGAGCUCGCGCCGCGCCUGGGAGCUGGAGGCGCGGCGCCUGGCCGAGGAGGAGGCGCGCCGCCCCGUGGUGAUCACGUGCACCGCGGACGCCGGCUGCACGCAAGAGCCUCCGACCUCCGACGACACGUUCGUCGCAAUCCCGGAACUGCUCAGGAUCAAGAACUGGUCCCAGAGACCCUGGCUCCAGGACGCCCCCGCGGCGGCCCCGACCGCGGUGGCGCCCCGCGCCGCCGCCCCGCAGGCCUGCGCGGCGCCAGGCGCGCGGCCGGGCGCCACGGCGGCAGCGGCGGGCGGGGCGGGCGGCAACGUGCCCGCCACGCCCCCGGCGGGGGCGGGCCCGGGCCUCGUCAUCAGCUGGACGGCGAGCGGCUUCUGCCUGGGCUGACCGCGCCCCAUGGGCUCCGUAUAUACGCCGCCAGGGUCGGGGUCGGAGCAGAGGGGGUCGGGGGAUCCUCGUCAUCAGCUGGGCGGCGAGCGGCUUCUGCCUGGGCUGGCAGCGCCCCAUGGACACCGCCUCUACCUUUGCGCGGAAGAACUUUGGCUUAGCGUGGUGCUGCAUCUGUUCUGGCCCACCCCGCUUCUGCGCGACACUCCAUCCGCGUCCCCGUGCCCAAGCGUCAGGGCCCCGAGCUGUUCCCAGCCUCCCACCCCGCGGAGCGGAGCGAGGUGCGAUCCGCUUGCAAGACAUACCGUGUCGCGGGGGCUGCCGCCGCGACACGCUGAGCAAAAGCUCCUGACCGUAGCGGAUGGCAUUGCCUGGGCCGUGGACGGCGAGCGGCUUCUGCCUAACUUUGACCGAGCCCUUUCGAGCUCAAGAAGGGGAAGCUGCACUGCAGGCGCAGACUUUCGGAGCUUCUGUUCCGUCUGCUGAGGGCUCUGGCCGCCAUCGCCCCGACGCCCACCCCCCC